AUGCAUGCUGUGGAGGCUGAGGUGGCUCUUGAUCGCCUCCUGUACAUCUCGAGUGACGAGCCCAAGGGCAACGAGCGCAUGUGGGGUCAAAAGUGGCGGAAGAUCGAAGACAAGGGCUCCCUACUGGACAAUGCAGCCACGCAGAAAGCGCUUCAGAGCUUCAAGCGCCUCUUAUCCUAUCGGGAGAAGGUGGGGAAGUGA